GGACAUGUUUCGAUAUCUGUGGGCGGGUUAUAUUAGUGACCUAAGUAUUCGAUAAAUUCAAAAUCUUUUAGGUUUUGUAAAUAAAUAUAUUGGCCAUCGAAGUUACCUACGACUAUGAGUAAUUUCGCCUCAUUCACUUUUUCGUGCGUUCUUAAAAGUUGGAGGAUCCCUGGACGUGUAUCUCUAAUUGUUGCUCGUUAUGGAAACCGAUCGUGGAAACCAGAUGAUGCUGUUUCGCUUACAUUUCCUCCAAGGACUGAUGUUUUUAGAGAAUCUGGCGUCUCAGGGUGUCUGGAAGUAGUAGAGUGUCGCAGAAGCAAUAAACCUCAAAAUCCGGGAGGACCUGUCGAAGGUGAAAGUGGACCUUUAAACCCUGGCAAAUUUGAUCACUAUACUAAAGAACAGAUUAUUGGUGGUGGAGGAGGGAGUUCUGGAAGUGGUCAUGAUCCUUUCGUAAAGUGCCGCGAAUGUGGUGGACCUUUGAAAUCUAUUGAACCAACUACUUCAUACGUAUCACGUUUCAUGAAAUGUGAAGCCUGUCAACAACUCUAUUCAGUGGUUGACGAAUCUGUGGCUAAAUCACUCGAAAACGUUGAAGAGAAUCGAACUUCUCUAUUGCCUAUCCCUAAAGAGAUACAUUCAUACUUGGAUCGCCAUGUAAUAGGUCAAGAGAAGGCUAAGCGGAUUUUAGCUGUUCAAGUAUAUGCUCAUUACAAUCGCAUACAGCAUAAUCUAUCUCUGGUAACAUCAGAAAGUGGUCUUUUUAGUUCGGCCUGUUCAGGUACUAGUACUAGUACUACACCAAGUGACGCUAAGCAUUCUAGAAACAGUUCUUCUACUCCACGUGGUGGACCUUCACAUCCGCGUUCUCAAACAUCACCUGGCGAUGCAUAUACAAGUUACUUACACGUUAGUAGUAUGGAUUGUCGAGAUGAUUUAAUGCAACCGUCUGUAACACAAAUGUUGCAUUUCUUAUACCAUAAUUCAAAAAAUAUGAAUAUUGGUGAUAGUCCAACAGGUUUAUUAUCAUCUUUUCCGUUCACUGUAGACAAUUCACAUGAAGAGAGAGGAAAAUAUCGUCGUGGUUCACGAAUUAUUACAGAUGAUUCAAAUGAAACAAUUAAACUGGAAAAAAGUAAUAUAAUCAUGUUAGGACCAACUGGUUCAGGUAAAACAUUGUUGGCUCAAACUUUGGCUCGAUGCUUAGAUGUUCCUUUUGCUAUUUGUGAUUGUACCACAUUAACUCAAGCUGGUUAUGUUGGUGAAGAUAUUGAGUCAGUUAUUGGUAAACUAUUACAAGAUGCAAAUUUCAGUGUGGAACGUGCUCAACAAGGUAUAAUAUUUUUAGACGAAGUAGACAAAAUAAGCAGUAGAAGUGGAAACUUUCAUUCAAUACGGGAUGUUGGCGGUGAAGGUGUUCAACAAGGUAUGCUUAAACUUCUAGAAGGCUCAAUUGUAAAUGUUCCUGAUGGGAAAAAUUCACGUAAAGUACGCGGUGAAACUAUUCAAGUGGAUACAACAAAUAUACUUUUUGUUGCUUCAGGUGCAUUCAGUGGAUUAGAUAAAAUUAUUGCUCGACGAAAGCAUAAAAAGUCUGUUGGAUUUAUGGAUUUGAAGACCUUUGAAACUCGUACAUACGAUAAAUCAACUUCAUAUUUUGAAUGUUCAGCCAGUGAAGAGAAUGCUGAACGUGAUUCCUUACUACAAGGAGUUGAAGCACGUGAUCUUAUUGAAUAUGGAAUUAUACCAGAGUUUGUUGGUCGUUUUCCAAUAAUUACUGUUCUACAUUCAUUGGAUGAAAAUAUGCUUGUUCGUAUUCUUACGGAACCACGUAAUGCUCUUGUGAAACAAUUUCAAUUUCUUUUCGGUAUUGAUGGUUGUGAACUUGAAGUGACUCCAGGUGCUUUGAAGGCCAUUGCUCGUUCGGCUUUGAGCCAUCGUACAGGAGCUAGAGGUCUUCGUGCAAUCAUGUUCCAAAGAAAGUUGUAAUCAUGGAUUCGCAAUUCAAAGGGGACGCCAUUGUUGAAGGGUUGAAGAGUCGUUCGUCGAAGUAUAUCAAUAGUACAUUGUAUUCUGAACCGUCGUUUUGAUUCGACAACCUUUGAAGGAUAGACUACCGCUUAUGUUCACAUGUAUGUGUACCUAGAAAUUCACAUGCUACUGUGGAGCUGAAUAUAUUGGAAAUUGUGAGCGGUGGACCAUCUAAAAGCGCGCCGUUGGACACUACGAAUGACUUUCAAGGUCACCCUAUCUUCCCAACCAAAAUACUUCAACCUGAUUGGUUAUUUUCGCAGUUAAAUUCGCUCAAAAUUACUCUGUUUUCUGUUGGUGGGAUGUUUUGCUUUGAUUAUGAAUAUGAACUUAAUAGCGAAAGUAACUGUACAGUUUUUAGUUCAUUUUUCUCAACUAUUCCUUUUUUCAAGGUCACCUGUUCAUACUUGUACGAUUACUGCUAGUUAGGCGUACAUCUUAUCUUAUCAUAUUUGUUAUAAAAAGUUUUUGAACUUUUAUGGUUAUAAAAAGGACUAAGUUUUUAAUUCAGUCUAGUUAAUAGUGCAUUUAUUAACUUUGUACUUUAGACCUAGAGGAUUAAUAUUUUUAGUAUCUAGGUCAGUUUCAUUCAUGUGAUCAUUUUCUAGCUAGAGAAAUAGAAAACUCGGUAUAUAUCUUGACAUCAGCUGAUCAUAUGAUCUGUAAUCAGCUGAUAAUUAUUUCAACCUUGUGUUUGUAUCUAGUGUCACUGCUGGCCACUGCCCAUCAUUACUUGUGAUUUAUUGUUUGGAUAGUACUUUCAAUGUAGAGAAUUAGUUGUUUUUCGAAUUACACAAUAGUUUCUGAUGCUAAUCAAUAAGAUAUUUUGAAAAUCUUUGAGUAAUCAAAAAGGCUUUUGAUGUCUUGUUGAUAUUCAAGGUCAGAUUAUUCGAUCUUUGUCAAUAGAUUAGCUCUUAUUCGAAUGUCUCAAUACUAUCUGCUCACUCAUUAUGUUGAUGUCUGCUGGGUGAUGGCUAGCAAUGAAGUGCAGGACACGGAUUUCGUCUUAUUUAGUGAGAUAGGUCAGCUGGAUGUAAAUGCACUCACUGGGACUCGAGCUCAUCGCUUCAACUGCCAAAAUGUUAAUGGUAUAGUAGAUUUUAAGAUGGAUGACUUCGAUAUUUUUUAACUAGGUGAUUGGAAAACUGUGUAUAUCCAAUCAUAUCCAUUUCUAUGAAGUGAUGGAAAGUUGUUUGAAUUCACAGCAAUUUAUUGUGUUUAUUAACAUAUGUUAGCACGUUAAGAUCAGAUAGCCAGAAAGAAUAAGCAACAAGGAACUCUGGCCUGCUAGCUCCCUGGCUGGCAACGAACCAACCAACAACCCAUCGACCAACGAAUAUGUAGAGGGAUUCGAUUCGACAUACACUGAGAAGACGGUUUGGGGACAUCAGGUGUCAGGUCAGGGAGGCCAUGUCAGGGCGUCGAGUGGAACCUGAAUGGGAGACGACGAUUUGGGUGUUCGAGGCGAGGUUGACAUGGAGGAGAUGGUGUGAGGAAGAAAUGAAAGGUUGUGGGCAGUUGUGUAGCCAGGUUGAGAAGACUGGAGAGAAGAGAGUGAAACGGCGAAGUGCUACUGAAGCCUAAUGUUCCACUAGGAACCCAAGGGAUAAAUAAUGAUAAUAAUAAUAAUAAUAAUAAUAACAAUAAACAAUACUUUAUCAAGAAGACCACAAUCUCAUAAAGUUUGGCGCUUGGUAGGUUGAAAUUAUAAUAUUUAGUCGAGUGAUUUAUGACGGUAUAGAGAUGAAAGUACUUUUGUAGAAUCCUGAAGAUUUCAGGAUACUGGGUAUUGAACCAAUCACUGAUAUAUUUCAGUACUUUAAAUUAAUUAGAACACUUUAAUAUAUGAAAUGAUUGCUGACAUUACUUGUGGAAAUAGGGGAGAUCACUAUUGUAUUUGUUUGAGGUUAAUGGAAAUUUUUAUAUAAAAAUUAGUAAUGAUCAUGGACUGAUAUCAGUUAGAGAACCAUUGAAAACAUGGAAGAAACGGACAAAUGUUUCGUCCCAGUAUGGGACUCCUAAGCAAGAGGCACCACCAGUGAUCGAACCUCGGACCUUCAAUUUUCACAGCAAGCGCGUUAACUAUUCAGUCACUGAGUCUGAGUUCAGUGAUCUACAGUUUCCCUUUUGUGUCAAUUUAUGAUAAAGCGUGACGAUCACCCAAGGUCUUCAAUUAGCAUCCGCUUCCCUUCCCACUUGUUGACCUUACAGGUCACAGCUUUUCAUUAGAAUUUCAGGAUGUCGCUAAUCAGCAGUUUACAGUUAUGUAUUUUGAAGAGAAUGAGGUGCAUUGAACAGCUGUUUCGUCGUAGUAUGGGACCGCUCAGCAGUAUGGACCCAUGAUCCGACUAGGGGUCGAACUCAAGACAUUCUGGUUUCACGGGGAACGAGUGAUAUAGUGCGACUAUCACUCAAGGUUUUCAAUUGGCAUCCUCUUUUCUUGUGACUUUUUGACCCCCUGGGUUAUGGAUUUUCAGUACUCUCAGAUUUCCAAUGGUUCUCCAAAUUGAUAUCAAUCUGUGAUGAAUACUGCCUUAAAAUUAAAAUCCUCGCUAACUUUUAAAAGGAAUGUAUACAUGAUUGUUAUCAUUUGUUGCCUUUCAGGAAAGUCUACUACUACAGGCACG